AUGGCGCAGAACCGCAGGACCAUCGGCAUCCCCCGCUUGGCGCUCUCCGAAGAGCUGCAAGCUCAAAUCAGAAAAGCCGAGCAAGUGGGCGGAAUAACCCAUGCAGAAUAUACUCGCAGGUGGAAUGAGCGACAGGCUGAAGGUGCUCGUGUCGCCCAGAUGCUGACCGUGGAGCAAGUGAGACGACUGCAGCAGCGCCCUUCGACUACUGCUUCUGCUGCUGUCGCUGCUUCUUCUUCUUCUUCUUCCUCUUCUUCGUCUUCUUUUACUCCUACCAGGACUUCAUAUGCCACUGCAGUUAGGAUUUCCACUGACGAAGUACCCGCCAAGUUGCGUAAGCUGUGGGUUCUCCCAGCGCAAUCGCGCGCAGAUAUGCAGCGUGCGCAGCAAAUGGCUGAAUUGACACCGGAGGAGCAUAACCGCCAGAUGGCGGAGAAGCAGAAGAAGACGGCUGAUCUGUGGACUGCGCAUCUAGCUCGACAGGGAAAGCAGAAGGCGAACGGAAGGAAGAAGAGUGCGGCCGAGAGGGAAGAAGGGGAGGUCGACGGGGCUCCUGUUCAGAUGCCUGAUGAGGAUUUGCACGUUCGGCGAUCGCAAACGGAGGAGGGCGAGAUCCGGGAGACACAGAGAAAGAAGAUAUCGCCGCGGACGACGGUGGUGGGUUCAUCUAGGGAAGGCCAGCGUGAUGGGCUGUUCGUCUCGCAGGCUGUUGGUGGCUCUACCUCCAACGCGCCUUCUACUUCACGGCCUAGGCCUACACCAACCAUCGCUGCACCCGUUGCACCCGUUGCUUCGUCAUCUACCACUACGACCACUACUGCUUCGACCUCACCUACUGCAACAACGCCCACUCGCAACACCCUCACCUCGCCAACAGCCACUCCCACUGCCGUCGUCAAAGAAUGGUGGAAAACCAUCAACCCCAAAUCCCGCCGCAUGAUCGAAACGGCCAAAGACCCAGCAAAGCGUCAGCUCCACGCCACCUUGGGCAGCUUCAAGGACUGCAUCUCACGCUGCGAGGCCCUGAUCCAACAAUCCGCCACCGCCUCGUCUUCCACCUCCCGCGGCAGCAACCCUACUAUCCAGUGGCAAGCCACCCUAGACAAGGAAUUCAACGAGCUCCGCAACCACAUCCACAAAGCCGAAUUCCUCCCGGGAAUCGACGAGUACGUCCUCGCUCGUGCGCACAUGCUCGACAACGGCCUUACCCGCAUUUUCUCCCCUACGAACCGCACCGCGGAUUCCUUCCCCCUCGACAUCAGAGAGGACGCGAAACAGCUCUACGUCCGGUGGUCCGAGAAGAACUUCUCCAUCGAGCUGCUUCGGGGAAUCAUUCCCUCCCUCACAAAGGACGCCAACCGCAGCGCCGAUAAGAUUGACGCCAAGUUCAAGAGAAAGUACGGCCGCAACGCAAACUUCUACGGCCAGGGCGAUCUCGUGCUGGGGCAGUGGUGGCCUACCCAGCUCUGCACGGUGCGGGAUGGCGCACACGGGUCGGCCCAAGGCGGAAUCUUCGGUGAGAAGGGCAAAGGCGCGUAUAGUGUGAUUGUCGCCGGAGGAAGCGGCUACGAAGACAAGGACGAGGGCGACGUGGUGCUGUACUGUGGGACGGAAGCGAAGGAUGGUGCUACGGCACCGACGGAGAAUACGACUAGGCUGAUAGAGAGUUGCGAUUUACCUAAGGGCAGACCCAACGUGGACAGGCAGCCGGUGAGAUUGAUCCGUAGUGCCAAUCUGCCCUCGGGCAAUCCGUACCGGCCGGAGAGGGGAUAUCGGUACGAUGGAUUGUACGAGGUUGUCGGAUAUGAGCGGUUGAAGCAUGAGGGCGCCGUGUAUCGGUUCAAAUUGGUGAGGUGUCCUGGCCAGGGACCGAUACGGUGCGAGGGGUUGGGCAAGAGGCCGACGAGGUGGGAGGUGGAGGCGUAUGAUAAGGAGGUUGCGGAGAGGGGGUUUGGGUUGUCGGAGGCGAUGAAUGCUCGUUAA